AUGUCUUCCCAAACCUCAGCCCAAUACUUCCCCAAGAUCUAUUCCCUUACAUCUGUGGAUCAUGCUCGCUCCGUCUACGACGAGUGGGCCAAGACCUACAAUGAGGAGAUCACUGGCAAAGGCCAGGAAUAUGUCGGCCCUGCCCUUGCCGCCGCCUAUGUGCCUCAAGCUCUAGGAACUCAAACUAUCAGCCCGGAUGUUGAGAUCCUGGAUGCUGGUUGCGGCACCGGCCUCGUCGGUGACUUCCUGGCUCGCCUGGGCGCAAAGAAGGUCGACGGUGUCGACCUCAGCCCUGGCAUGCUCGACGAGGCCCGCACUACAGGUGCCUAUCGCAACCUGGACGUGACGGACCUGUCGCGGCCCCUGGCCGCAAAGAAUGACUCUUAUGAUGUCGUGACAUGUGUCGGCACUCUUACACAGUCUCACGUUGGUCCCGAGGCUAUCAGUGAAUUCGUCCGUGUCGUGAAGCCCGGCGGCUACAUCGUGGCCACCGUCAUUAGUGAGAUCUGGGAGAGCGGAGGUUAUGAGACUCACGUGAAGAGCCUUGUCGAGCAGAACAAGGUCAAGGUCUUGUCCGCAGAGGUCCAAGACUACCGAAGGGGAGCCGGAGCCAAGGCCCGCUACCUCGUCUUGCAAGUGUCCGCAUGA